UUUAAUUUAAAGACAGAAAGCAGGGAAUGUAUUGAUUUAUGUACUUACAAAAUAUAACCAAAAAUGAAGAUUGAAAUUUCAUUGAAAGGUAUUUGCUACCAUAAACUUUAUACCAGUAUUUUGUUGUUGUUUCUACUUUUUUUCAUUUUCAUCUUUUUUAAAUUCUAUUAUUAUUUUUAUUAUUUUCUGUUUUAAUUAUUUAUUUUUAUACCAGUAUUUUGUUGUUGUUUCUACUUUUUUUCAUUUUCAUCUUUUUUAAAUUCUAUUAUUAUUUUUAUUAUUUUCUGUUUUAAUUAUUUAUUUUUCAUAUAUUUAUUUAUUUAUUCAUUUAUUUUAUUUAUUUAUUUGGUGGGCGUAAUCAUAGUCACUAGAUGUUCUAAAUACAGUAACUAAGGUAGCUGCUUUACUAAAACAUCAGAUAUAAAUCAGUGAGCAGGCACAGAAAUACUUCUAAAUAAGGCAAGGACACAUGGAGAAACAUUUAUCUUAUUCGUUUCGUCCUUAAACAAUUACUUCACAUAAAGCUAAUAUAACUGGUAAACUAUCCGAGUUACAUUUUAUUUGACAAGAAGAAAUGCAUACACGUUUAAGUUAAAAUAAACGGUUUGAUAGUCAAACACUAUCAUCUGUGGUUAUCGUCGGUGGUUAUCGUUUGGCUAUGUUACAAGCGGCACACGACCAAAAAAAAUCUGGAUUUUUUUUCGUACGAAGACCUGGUAUAAAUACUGUUACAAUUACGUCAGUUUUUUAAAGUAAAGUACUUGUCGUCUGCUGGUGUUGGAAAAAACUGCAACUCGAAAAAUGUGCAUUUGAAGUUUUAAAAGAGAACACUUAAUUAUGUUAAAACUUUAAAAAAAAAUACUAUAUACAAAAAAAUUGUUGCUUUUGAAAAAAAAAAGAAAAUUAGAAAAUAUUAGAAAAUGGAUAAAGUCAAUUAUUGUUGGAUAUUACUUGUUCUAUGUUGCCUGUUUUCGGAGGCAAGGACACAACACAAUGUGAUUCGAUUUACUACAGAUGAGAUUAAGGAGAUUGUCGACACUCAUAACGAUCUCAGGAGAUCUAUCUAUAAUGCUGCAAAUAUGAGGGAACUGACCUGGAACGAAGCGGUGGCGUUGGCAGCAUCCGAAUGGGGUUCGAGGUGUGAAUAUGUCAGUCGCCCCGACAACCAAUGGGGUCAAAACAUGAACUAUAUCUAUGGUAAAGAUUACCACAAAUCGUCCUUGGAAUUAUUUAGAGACACUUUUCAUGGCUGGUCUAAUGAGACCCGGCACUAUGACUACAGAAGGUACCGAUACUGCGGCAGUAAAAAUGUCUGCUCAUAUGUCCAGGGAGGUCGACUACGGCAGCUGAUAGCAGCGGAUGUUCAAGAAGUGGGUUGUGCUAUCGUCAAGUGUCCAAAACUGGAGCUUACUGCUCCCCGUGCUGUUCAACGCCAUGCUAAGAUCUUCGUCUGCUUCUACACACCAUGGGUAAAUAUUUUGGGUUCGGAAGUUUUCAUACCAGACAAACGCUGUGCUGCUUGUCCUCAGGGAACAACUUGUGUAGAUAACUUAUGUUCAGCACGAUUUUUCCAACCAGGUGCUCGAACUCUUCCUAUCGGCAGUUCGAGUGUAAAAAUAGAAUCGAUAUCAGGUUCUAAAGCCUCAGGCACAGGUGUUCAGCAUGCUCCAUCAGCUAUUUCAAUUUCGGGAGGGAGCGUUUCAAAUGCGAGAGAAGAGGCUACACGUCAUACAGGCAGAGGUUCUGGAGGUGAGAGAACCCGUGGUGGAAGUCAUAGAAAUCGAGGGAGAGGCGGACGCAACAGAGUUAUUGGAAGUCACAAUUCAUUUAGGAACCCUGUCCAGAAUGAGCAUGAGAACAACAGGGUGUACCAAGAAUAUCGAAGUAAUAAUGAAACCAUUGUAGUAUAUACUCCGAACAACAGAGUUCUUCCAUUUCCGGGAAAAACAGACAAGAAAAACAUCAGAAGAAUUGAGAAAUUUGAACGAAAUGUGGAAAAGGACCUUGACGAAAAACAGGCAAAACUUAUCCAUUCUUUAGAACUGGUUGCUAGUAACAUCACCGUUGUUGAGGCGUCAAAACACAAGGGCAAUAGGAAAAAGCGUCAAGUCUCUUUACAAGACGCGCUUUACCAAAGACGACUAGAGUAUGAAAGGUACCUCCGAGAGUAUGAACUGCUGAUGCGUGAGAGAAAAGAACGUCGACGACGAUAUGAAGAAGAACUACGACGUCGAGAGCAACAUUACGCUUCUGUCCAAGAACUUCGCCGCGCCGAUGCCGUAUCGCGUUAUAACGUCGAACUAGAAAGAAGACGUCGUCUAAGACUUCAACAACAGAGAAGCAGAUAUGAAGCACUGGCUCUCACACAAAAUGAAGCAUAUUAUGAACAAGAAAGGCGUCGGCGUCGGAGAUUGAGAGAAGAACGAAGACGAUAUGAAGCGCUUGCAUUGCUACAGAAUGAAGGUGAUUUAACGGGAGAAGAGCAAUUUUUCACAAUUUCUGCACAUAAUCUGCUGAGGAGAGAAGUUGGAGCAAAAGACCUGGCGUGGAGCAGUUAUUUAGAGAGGUGGGCAAAGUACGUGAUACGCUGUGAAACAGAAUACCCAGGUCCAAUCAAAUGUUACACCAAUUUUGGCAAAGCAGAAAGGGGUCAAGACAUCUAUAAUGUAGUGUACCAGUGGGGCGCAGAGGGAGAGGACUUGACCAGACCACUCAGAUACGGAUGUAGAACUCCAUACGACCGGACUUUGUGCAAUCACAACACCAUCAUUCGAAACAAGUCCCUGACACAAAUGGCGUGUGCUUCAAAGCACUGUGGAUCCCAACGACAACUAACCUGCAUCUAUAGUUCUGGUUAAAAGUUGUGUUGGACGAUAUGAAAACUGCAGCGUGCACAUUUAAAAGUUUCAUCUUUCCGAGUUUGGACUAUGUUUGGACUUGUGUAGACACCAAUGAUAAAGCUAUAGUUACGUUAGUAUCGUGUUCGUUUUGAGAAUCUGUUUCGGUUGCAAGAAUAAGAGGCCAGUAAAUCCCUGAUAUUUAUGUCUGUUGUUAAGUAUACGGUUCUUGCAUUUAGAAAUUUUUUGAAUGAAGAGAUCGAUAUUAUGGUAAAAUACGGGACACAUUUGGAAUAGUUUAAUACUGAUUUUAUGUAAGAAACAAGAGUUUGGCUUGAAUACAAAUAUUGUAUCGUGUUACGGUUGAAAACAAAAAAAGUAGAAAAAAGAUUUCUUUUGGCAACAUCAGUAUAUUCAGUUAGAUAUGGUGUAGUUAUACAGUUGUAUAUUAUUAUGUAUUUUGUAUUUUUAUCCAAUUAUGUUUGUUUUUGUUGCGAAAAUGUUUGCUGUAUGAGUCAUUUUAUUUUGUAUUUAUUUUGAUGCGUUUGUGACCUCUUUAGUACUGGUUAAAUAGAUCGGGCAUUAUUUUUUUGAAUGUAGCCCGAUUUCGGACAAUAAUUUGAAAAUGAUCUGGUGCUCUGGGAAGAUCUUACAACAAUAUAAUUUGAUUCUGUUUUUUUUUCUUCAGUUUUAGUCGGCAUAAUUUAGUGUAUUACAUGUAGUAAAUCAAUAAGAGUUAAGUCUAUUCUAAACUUUUCUCGCUUAGUUCAAUAGACUUUCUCAUGAACACGAAUGUCAAACUUAUCGUCUUUGGAAUGUACUUAUCAAAAAACAUAUAAAUAUGUCUGCAAAGACAUAAUGGGGUAUGACGUUUGUCAUAAUUUUAUCUUUUCUUUAAUUGAUGAAUGCGAGAAAGAGACUGACGUAUAGUCUUUAUAGAUCUUAUCAAAUGUUCUUCGUAAUCAUAGAAAAAAUCGUCCUGCUGACAUGAGGAAAGUGGCUUUGUGAAUCUAAAACUUCAGCGCAUUUCGAUAGUUUUUUAACUGUUUAAAUCAUUAUACUAAAGAAUACUAUAUGUUAAAUAAUAGGCAAUAUUUAAAGCGUGCAUGGCGACAAUUUUGACGUGUUCGUUUUGUUAAUAAUUAUUUAAGGGUCGACUAUAUGAUAUCGAAAGUAUAAUUUAAUUGAUCAGGGAUAUUUUUGUAUGAACUUUGCACAUGUAGUCGAAAAGCCAGUAACACCAUAUGUCUUUCAGCAAGAAUCUACAGAAAUUAGCUGUUUAAUUUGUGUGUGGUACUUUGUGACUUUGGUACGUGCAUUUAGUCACUGCGCAAUUUUUUGCAUUUAUUAUUGCAUUAAUAACUUUAAUCGAGGACGCAACAAUAAUGCUGGCAGUCAUACUAAUUAAAUCAAAAUACGUAAUUGAACCUGAAGUUUCUCGUUCGUUUUGAAAUUUGGACAAUUUUUUUUUCAAAUGUUAUACAAUGAAAAGCUAUAACUAUUUUUCUUUUCCAUGUUAUCUUUACUUCAGAAAUGAAUGACCAUUUUUUUACUAUGGUGAUUAUGUAUUUUGGUUUGCUAUAUUUGCUAGAUUUCAAUUAUGUCUCUGUAAUAUAUAUGGCUGCAGAGACUCUAAACGAUGUACAUAUUCAUAUGUAUCAUAUACUUGUACAAUUAUUAUACGGCGUAGUCCAAAACAGUAUAUACAGGGUGCAUAUUCAUCAGCAUUCUAAAUCUUAAAUUUAGAUUAAUUUUUCAAAUGUCUAAAACUUAAAUUCGCCUAAGUACUUUAGUAAUGCAUCAUUACUGUUCAAACUCUUUAUAGCUUUUUGGUGUUUUAAAUACUGUGUACAUGGAACAAAAACCAAAUAAAGCGACAGUCAGGCUACAUAUGAUUGCAUUUUGCUUGGCGGAUUAAUUAUUUAGAUGGAAUUCUAACACAUUUUAUGCGUUGAAAAGUACAAAAUUUGGAUUUUGUCUUUAGGGGCCCUGUAUUUUAUAAAUGCAAGAUUUUGUUUCUUUAAAAUUUAUACAUGUAGUAUAUUUCAAGACUUUGUUUUCAAUGUCUGUUUGCUCCACAGUACUAAAUUCAAUACAGCUGCGAAAUGAGUCAUUGAAAAUCGGAAAUCAAAGAAUGUAAGAGAACUUGUUCCUUCAAGAAAACUGGUAAAAAGUGUGAAAAGGAGAUAUCUGUAAUCAAAGUCAUAUUUGUAUCCAAUUCCUUAUACUCGCUGCCUUUUCUGUAACGCUUUUUGGAAAAAUUGCUUGAUAUUUAUACAUUUGUUUACGACAAUAUUUGUGUGCGCGUUUCUUUCUUUUUUCUUCUUCUUUUUAAAGCUGCGAUGAAAUAGACAAGCAGGACAACAAGUGUGUAAAAUUAGCUUAGACACCGUGGCGAAAAACAACGUAAAGAAUUAGAAAAGGGACAGCUCUUCAAACUCUGUAUUUCGCUCAGUUUGUACAAUACAACAACAUCAGGAUAUUAAAAAAGUAUUUUAACGAUGGGGUCCAGCCUGUCAUUUGUAUGAUCGCUAUCUGUCAAAAACACGUAUCUAAUUGUUAAUCAAUGGCUGUACAAACUGUAAUACAUUAAAUAAUACAGUAGCAUAGAGUAUCCUUCAAAACCUUUGGCUCUUACAUAAUUUCAAACUUAGAAUAGUAUGUAGAAUGUAACCUAUAUUAAACGAUUAGCAAGUUAGCACUUAGAAAGCUACACUGGCCUUUCAUAUAUAAUAUUUAGAAUGCAUUAUGUAUGUUACUUAUACUGCAUUAUUUCAUUGAUAUAAAAAUGUUUGUCUGCAUUUAUUAUUUUUUUUUUGUCACUGUCAGUUGGAAACUCUGACAACGUAUAACAGGUGACAACUAAACUGUUCUUAGACAGUGUAGUUAUUACAAAAAUUUUGACAAAAAUAGGAUUUAUUCAGGAGCUGUUGAUUAUCACAAAGUACCAACAAUGUUUGCAGCAAUUAUCUGGGUAAAAAUGUAUUAAAACGGAAAUAUAUAAUCAAAAUAUGGCUUAUAUUUUUUACCUCAAACAAAUAAAAGAUAUAGUAAAAAUAUCAUUGUUUUAAGCAAAAAGGAUGUAGAAUUUGUGAAAUUUCGUCAGUUUAUUAUCUUUUCAAAUGUUUGUCAAAAAUGACUAUUUCACCUUUCAGUUUUCCCAAUAGUGACUUAUUAUGCAAAAAAAUGGUGUCGUUUACAUAUCAUACUUUCAAGCAAAAAUUGUAUACCCUAAAAAUCUUGCUGCUUAUUUCAGCAAUUUAUGAAAAAUGAUGCAAGUAAAGCAUAUAAUCUAUGCCACGGACGUUUAUUACUGUGUACGAAAUUUGAACAGUUGUUAACUUUACCCACUGUAAAAUUUAUCAAAGACUGAAAAAUAGUGUCAUAGUUUCUUAUCGUUUGUAUUUUGUAUUCAUCACAAUUAAAUAGAUAUUUUACAUAUUAAACAAUUUAAAUUGUUCGUUGCUAUUUCAUUAUAUAUACAAAUGUAUAUUAAAACUGGCGUAUAAAACUUAUAUUAUUGUUGCAUAUAUAGUAGUGUUAAGUUGUUAUUUUGCUGUUAUGUAUCAAAAUUAAACAAGGUAUUUUAUUAAUAAACAAUUUCUAAUAAAAUGAAAAAA